UCGAUAAAUUAUGCUAAUUAGAGAAGGGGUGUGCGAGGGUCCGAGGGCGUGGAGCUCAGCUCACCGUGGAGAGAGUUGAGAGGGUGGCUGCGCGUCUCAAUCAGACCUGUCUGUCGGAGCAGCUGAGCCCACGGCCGUGCGCGUUCCUGCGUACAGCGCUGAGCCUCCGCGCGCGCGUGUCUUUGCGUCUUUCGCGGCAGCGCAACAAGUUCGAGGCGCUCCUGCAUCAGGUGGGGCGACAGAGACCCUCGGCAGGUUUCUUUGCGCUGCUCCCCAGAGUUCGGAGGGUUCGGCACCCGGGAACGAGCCGCCCGCACCCCCCUUCCCUUGCCUUGCGCGCGAGCCGCAUAUGCGGGGCGCGCGUGACACACCGCGAGCGCAUUGCCGACGACUGGCGGUCGAAGCUCGUGUGCCGGAGGCAUGGAGGAGAGCCGGAAGAGCCCCCACGCGGGACGGGACCGCUGCAGCACCUCGGUCAGCGUCCUGUCCGCGGCGCUCUCCGUGGCGUCCGUGGCGCUCUGCGUGCUGCUGAGCGCGCACACGUCCGAGAUCCGAGCCCGCGUGGAGGAGCUGGAGCGCGCCCACAUGGGGGGUCCGAGCCAGCAGCAGAGCCCCGCACCGUCCGAGCAGCACCUGGACGCGCUCAUCCGGGAGAGGCUGGAGGAGCUUCUGCCCCAGCACUCCUAUGACCGUUUGGUGAAGAUCCGCACUGCGCGACAAGCGACUCCGGAGUGCACCUGUCCGCCAGGCCCUCCAGGAAAGAGAGGAAGGCGAGGCAGAGAUGGUGAACCUGGACCUCCUGGUCCUCCUGGCCCGAAAGGUGACAAGGGGGAUCAGGGUGACCAGGGCCCGCGGAUGGUCUUCCCUAAGAUCAAUCAUGGCUUUCUUUCUGCUGAUCAGCAGCUCAUAAAGCGACGGCUCAUUAAGGGAGAUCAAGGUCAGGCUGGGCCCCCAGGCCCCCCUGGGCCACCAGGUCCCCCUGGACCUCGAGGCCCCCCGGGGGACACUGGCAAAGAUGGUCCCAGAGGAAUACCAGGGUUCCCGGGUGAUAAAGGAGAGCCUGGAGAGUUGGGACUGAUGGGACCUGAAGGACCUGAAGGACCCAAGGGCUCUAUGGGUCCACCUGGAGUUCUGGGCGCUAACGGACAGAAGGGUGAAAUGGGAGAACGAGGUGAAAAGGGCGACAUGGGCGAAGAUGGAGAGAAAGGUGAAAGGGGUGAAAAGGGGGACGCCGGCUCAUCUGCAGCUGGAAUUAAGGGUGAACCGGGGGAGCCAGGCCGAGGGGGACAAAAGGGAGAACCAGGACUCCCAGGACUACCUGGACUCCCCGGGAUCAAGGGAGAACCUGGAUUCAUGGGACCGCAGGGAGAACCGGGGCUGCCAGGCCUGCCAGGAACUAAGGGAGAGCGAGGCGAGCAGGGCCCACCAGGAAAGGGAGAACGCGGUGAGGUCGGACCCAUGGGACAGAAGGGAGCACAGGGAGAACCUGGGCCCCCAGGUCACAAAGGAUCAAAGGGGGAAUCUGGAGAAAAAGGAGAAUCGGGUUCUAUGGGUCCUCGGGGCCCACCAGGACUGAAGGGCGACCAAGGAACCACAGAGAUCAUUGACUACAACGGAAACAUCCAGGAAGCCCUGCAGAAGAUUACCACUAUUACAGUGACGGGUCCUCCAGGGCUUCCUGGGCCACCAGGACCGCAGGGGACGAAGGGAGAACAGGGUCCCCCUGGUCCCCCAGGAUUAGACGGAGAGCGGGGCCUGAAGGGGUCCAAAGGAGACAUGGGAAUGCCUGGAGUACCUGGAGAAAAAGGAGCAACAGGCCUGCCUGGCCUUCCUGGUGUCAAUGGCCUGAAAGGAGAGAAAGGGGACCUUGGCCUUCCUGGUCCCCAAGGACCCUCGAUUAUCGGACCUCCCGGACCUCCUGGACCCCAUGGCCCCCCAGGCCCUAUGGGUCCUCAUGGGUUUCCUGGAGCAAAGGGAGAGGCCGGUUCACCCGGUGCAAAGGGAGUGCGUGGGGAGCCAGGCCACAAGGGUGACCGUGGACCCCUGGGCCUCCCUGGAGCGUCCGGCUUGGACGGCAAACCAGGAGCAAGGGGAAUGGAUGGUCCAGUUGGUCCUACAGGCCCAGCUGGUCCAAAGGGAGACAGAGGUGAACGAGGACCACCUGGAGAACCUGGACCCAGGGGACCCUACGGGUUACCUGGCACCGCAGGCACUCCUGGACUCGACGGAUUCCGGGGAUUUAAGGGUGAGAAGGGAGAACCAGGGCAACCUGGUCUGGAUGGGUUGGAUGCCCCUUGCCAAUUGGUACAGUAUCCUCUUUCCUACCUAAUCUGUGCAUGACUUCCUUCUACUGACCAAGGGC